AUGUCGUCAGUAACAGCUCCACCACGCAUCCUCCAGACCGACACCAUCCCGUCCAGCAUGACUCUACCUCCGGCCACACCGACCCCUCUGAAGCGGAAGCCAUCAGUCAACUCCUCCCCUCCUCGGGAGUCUCCAAAGAGACCGCGCCUAGACUCACAAAGGCCGUCCACCGAGGAGACCCUACGGUCUACAAAGCACUACGCUGUCUAUUUCCACAACCUCCUCGAAGAACCAAGCACCACCAGACCCCAGCUCCUCAGUGCAUCCCCCGUCUUCGAGACCACCCAAAAGGCCAUGCGUGACCACGCUAUCCAAGCAAUCGAAGCGAACGUCCAAUGGGGUGCGACAAAGGAGCUCAGCACCAACCGACUCUACGAGAUCCUGGAUAGUAAGAACCAUGUCGUUCUACGCUACGAAAUGGACAUAGUCUUCCCCGCCGGUGAAGACGCAGAUGGUGUGAAGCAGUGGAGUCGCGCGAGCGAGCUGGACGCUUUGCCAGUACAGUACGGUCUGUGUGUUGAGUAUCUUAAUGACAACUACGACGAGGAAGAUCGAGCAGAGCGGUCCUUGGUAGUCACUUUUAGUAGUCUAGGCGAAGCCAAACACGCCAUGAAGAAGUCGGCGGCGGCGUACAUUGGCAGCUCCAGUGGAGUCAAGGUGUCCGAGAGGCGGAUUGAGAUGGUAGGGGAGGAGGGAGAGAUUCUUCGACGGUACAAGAUCGAAGAGGGGAGGAGAGAUGCCCAGGGUAGGUUUAUAAGGGAAGAAGACUUGGAUCUUGAGCUGAGCGGUGUAGAGUCGACGGUACCUGCCGACCUUUCAUCCGCGCCCGAGAGAUUGGAGUCGUCUGCACCGCCAUCUCCUCAGCCAAUUACUGCUCCAGCUAUUACUGCAGUCGUACGCCAAGCUACACCAAAAGUCGCAUCAAACAGUGCCGCUCCCGCAACUCCCGAACCAGAAGCUGCCCCAGGCACUCGCCGCCAGUCUGCUCGUAUUAAAGUCGAGACUCAGGCUGCUAAGGAUAUGAAAGAAGAGCAAGCCAAGAUCAAGGCCGACAACGAGACUCAGCCCAAACCAGAGGCUCCAGUCAAACCCAAGGCUCCAGCUAAGCCGAAAGCCGCAGCCAAACCGAAACCCCCAGCGAAAUCCAAGACCAAAACCCCAGCUCAAGAUCCAGUCGAUACAACCUCUCACUGCACCUGUGGCGGCCUUGACGACGGUAGUCUAAUGAUCGGCUGCGAUAACAACGCUUGUCCGAUCGGUUGGUAUCACGGACGUUGUAUCGGCAUCUCCAAGCCGAUUCCGAAGAAUAAAGAAUGGUAUUGUGCCAUGUGUACGAAAGAGAUGGAGAACAACAAGGAUACGGGUGUUGAAAUGGCACGUGCGAAGACGCCUGUGCAGAAGAGAGGUAGCGGCGGUGGCGUAAAGACAAAGGCGAAGGCGAAGGCGAAGGCGAGGAAGAGGAAGUAG